ACUAUGCAUUUUAUUAGACGUUUACGCAUGUACACAGUGCAAGUAAGGCAGACACUUUCUACGGCGUAGUUUUGCUCAAAUUUUCUGCGAAGUAUUUCCACCUUCACCAUCUAGACUUUCUUUGACUUCAAAUACUGUCAUCAUGCCCGAGGAUACUGGUAAGAUCGAGCGAAUAGGGGCCAUUCUAGUGGACCCAGCCCGACCGCUUCCGGAGAGAUUCCGUGCCCUGUUCACGUUGCGCAACCUCGGAGGCCCUGCUGCCUUAGCGUGCAUCGGGCGGUGCUUUGCCGAUGACUCGGCCCUGUUGAAACACGAGUGUGCCUACUGCUUGGGCCAGAUGCAGGAUGAAGGGGCUAUUUCGAUGCUGGUCGAUGUGCUUGAAGAUGUCAACCAGGAGCCAAUCGUGAGACACGAAGCAGGAGAAGCCUUAGGAGCCAUCGGAUCACCACAGAUCUUGAACAUUUUGAAGAAAUAUGAGCAUGAUCCCAUCACAGAGAUUGCAGAGACAUGCCAGCUAGCCAUCCAGAGGAUAGAGUGGCUGCAGAGCGAGCAGCGAGCGCAGGAGGAGGGCCAGAUCUCGGACAACCCCUUCAAGUCAGUAGAUCCAGCACCCCCAUCCCUCCCAGGGUCCCUUGAGGAGCUGCAGGAGAGUUUGCUGGACGAGGAUGUGCCGCUGUUUGACCGCUAUCGAGCCAUGUUUGCACUUAGGAACAGGAAUGAUGAACCAGCUGUGCGGGUGUUAGCACAGGGUCUUCAGUGCAAGAGUGCUCUCUUUAGGCACGAGGUGGCCUACGUCCUGGGUCAGAUGCAGCAUGGCGCCUGCAUCCCGCAGCUCCUGGAGACGCUGGCCAAGCUGGAAGAGAGCCCCAUGGUGCGGCACGAGUGCGCCGAGGCGCUGGGCUCCAUCGCCCAGGAGGGAUGCCUGGACCAGCUGAGGGGUUACCUGGGGGACCGGGAGAGGGUGGUGCGGGAGAGCUGUGUGGUGGCGCUGGACAUGGGCGAGCACGAGGCCAGCGGGGAGUUCCAGUACUGCGACGGGCUCGUCAGGGCGGAGUCUAGCACGGCACAGCAGCCGUCCUCAUUGUGAGCUGAUGUUGGCUCAUGGGUUUGUGGACGAACACAAGACCAAGGGGGAACUCCAGAAUUGUGACAGACUCAUGGGGAUGUCAAGCGUGGCACAGCAAACUGACGUUGCCUGCAGCCCUGAAACCUCUACUUCACCUACAAAGCACCAGGCUGACAAGCAGAGAAGGCCAAGUUACCCAUAGACUUUUUUGUGACGGCCUCACAGAAAAUCUACACUCAAACUACGGCGCAGUUCCUUUUAUCCUGUGACAGGGGUAAAUGUAAAAGAACACACUAGCACCGAUGCUUUUGCUUUAGCCUCUGAUGGCCCGUAUACUAUAAAAGAUGAAGAUGGGUGUUGCGUGGUUUGGAAGAUUUUGUAGGAUUUCACAGGAUUGGGGAAGGUAGAGCCGCCUGGGUAGGGUAGGGGAGGGGAAGGCCUUGGCCCUUUGUCGCUGCCAAUGCAGCUUUCAUUACUCUCCAGGAUGGUGACCUGGUUUACCAUCAUGGGUCAUGAGGGAUGCCAGAUUGGAUUUUUCCUCGAGGAUGAACAGAUGUGAUGUUGCAUGCGUAGAGAACUGUAUAAUCAGUUCAACUGCAUGUUUCAAGAAAACCAAAUACACGUAACUAACCAGAUUUGCAUCAGUCCAAAUGGGGAUUAAGUCUGAUGCAUGCUUUGUGCAAAAUUGAAGCAAUUUAUUUUGAUGUUAACAUAAACUUAACUACUGUCUACUUUUCCAGACUCUCUUGCAUGGCUCACUUUUAGGUAAAGUUACAUGUAUGCGUACAUGAAAUCAGUAUUAUGUUGAGUUGUGAGCAUGUCACAUUGUUUCCCUUAGCAUGGCUUGCAUGUACAAUAAGCCUAUGUAAUGUUUGACGUCACACUGUUUACAUGUGCGAUUUUCCAUGAAACCAGUGGGGGCCCAUGGACCACUGAGCAUAAAGCACGCGUGCAAAGUGUGGUGUCAUCGGUACAGAGUACCAAAGUGAAUACGUCACAUGGACAAUUAGAUGUGGAAAGGCAGUAGCGCGAGAAACAGCGCGUGAACCAACAGGCGCGGUUACUCCAUUCGUUUGCACUACACUUCUGGUUCAAAAUGACAUCAAACUUCGGUAUUCUAUAUCGAGAUCAGCAUUGAUAGACCUGUGUAUUGACGCCACAUUUAGUUGAUGUGUGCUUUCCAAUGGUGCUCAGUGGACAGUGGGUCCCCACUGGCUCCAUAGGAAAGAACGCAUGUAAACAGAAAGUGACGUUAGUACAUAGGUCUAUUAUUGAGAUGAUUUUGACACUCUUUUUAUCAAAGGUAAAAAGAUUUUAACUAGAAGCAAAAACAGAGAAUGAAACAAGAAACUGAUCAAUUCUCGCUUGAUUUGGUACUUCCUGAAGUCUCACUUUAUUUUAUUCUAACUGCAUGAUCAAAAACAAAAGCACAACAUAAACUACAAUGCAAAAAAUUAUAUCUACAAUAUCACUUCAAAAUAUACAGUUGUAGAAAGCAGAAGUAAAAAAGGAAGGUUAUCUUUAAGAAA